UACAUUUCCCAUGGUUCUCUGCGCUGUCAGCGUUACAUGCUGCUCUACACGCAGUCCUUCCUGCAGCAGCUAUCAAUGUGGUAGUUAGAUGACAUAUAGCUCGGGCAUAUUUGCAUGGCCCUCGCGAAUGAAAAGUACAAUUUUGUCUCGAGUUCAACACUCAAUUUCAACUUUGUGGUUCAACAUUGUUGCAGCUGAAAGGAGGUGGGGGAGGAGAGGAGCAGGAUGAUGAUGCACCACAUCCCAACCUCUGGGAGACUGUGGCGAAUGGCAGCACUGCGCCCAUCGCUGGCAGGGGUCACCGUCACCGAGCCACCAGCAUCAUUUUGUUGCUGUGUCCUCCGUUUGUCUCAACCGCUACCUAGCGGGCGACACUUGUUCUCAACCUCAGCCUCCAGCAGGGCAGGGCAUCAGCCAAAACACCAGCUGCCGCAUGAGGAACCACAGUCCAGUUCCACACCUCAAACAGAAGAGGUCCAGAAAAGGGAACCAGGGCCUGCUGCUGCAGAGGUGGACCCCCUGCAGGACAAGACCAUCGGUCUGUUCCAGAGGUUUAAGAAGACCUUCAAUCAGUAUGGGAAAGUGAUGAUCCCUGUACAUCUGCUGACGUCCUCCGUCUGGUUUGGAACCUUCUAUUACGCUGCUAUGAAAGGUGUGAACGUGGUGCCAUUUUUGGAGAUGAUUGGUCUACCAGAGUCAGUAGUUGGCCUUUUGAGAGACUCUUCGAGUGGCUAUGCUCUGACUGCGUACGCUAUGUACAAGAUUGCCACCCCUGCUAGAUAUACGGUGACUUUGGGUGGCACAUCACUCUCUGUUCAGUAUCUCCGCAAGCACGGCUACUUAUCCACACCGCCGCCAGUUAAAGAGUACAUCCAGGACAAAAUGGAGGAGACAAAGGAGAGGUUUUCAGAGAAAAUGGAGGAAACAAAAGAACGCAUCUCUGAGAAAAUGGGAGAGACUAAGGACAAGCUUUCUGAGAAACUGCAAGAAACCAAGGACAGAGUGUCUGAGGGAAAAGCGUUUUUUAGAAAGAAAAGUGAUUAGUAAUACAUAUUUACAUGUGGCACCCCUGAACAAAUUAUGCCACCAGUAAUCAGUGCAUUGUGGGUAAGUAAUAGACAGCACGUCUGAGACAGUGGAAAAGGAGAGAGGUAUUGCACUGUCCUUGU